ACCAUCCAUCCCCAGCGAGUUCUCCCUCCCCUCUCGCAUCGCACCCACCGGAAAACGCCCAAAUUACAAUCCAGUCCAACCCAGUUCGCACCCCAAAUCGCACCCAAAGGAGAGCCUCUUCAUCUUCCUCGCGCUUCGAUUUGCUCUGCUCCGGCGAGAUGGGCAUCUCCAGCAUGCCGGCGCCCAAGGACAGCCUCUUCAUCUUCCUCCUGUACAACACGGCGGUGUCCAUCGCCGUGCUCUCCAACCUGCUGCGCGGCGCCAUGGCCUUCCUCGGCAUCCCCGUGCCGGGGGAAGACGGCGACGAGCACAUCUUCGCGAUGGUGGGGUCGUCGGCUUCCACGGCGGCGGCCGCGGGGCCGAGCCUGGCGGACAGGUUCCGGAGCAGCUUCAGGCCGGCGCUGUUCGGGCGGCGGGCGCACGGCGCGGCGGCGGCGGACUGCCGCGUGUGCCUGGCCAGCUUCGAGCCGGAGUCCGUGGUGAACCGCCUCCCCUGCGGCCACCUCUUCCACCGGGACUGCCUCGAGAAGUGGCUCGGCUACGACAACGCCACCUGCCCGCUCUGCCGCCUCCGCCUUCUCCCCGCCGCCGCCGACCCCUCGCCGCCGGUCGCGCCCGCCCUGAUUCACUACUAGAGAAGAGAUCGAUCUCGCGUCCCGUUACUUCGGGCCCUUUGUAGUGCUCCUUUUCUUCUUCUUCUUCUUCUUCUUCUUCUUCUUCUUCCUCCCCUCCCUUCUUAGUUUUACUACCGAUUCCGAGUAGCCCGGCCGGCCUCUUCUUCCUUCGUUUUUUUUCCUUGUGCUGCUGAUGUACUCUGUAAAUAUCCGCGGAGCGCUCCCACCACCAUGGAGGUGUAGCGCUUCUGUCCGUGUACUCACUGCUCUUUGAAAGAUGAAGAAAGAAAAUAUCCAUGCCCACCAAAAACAGUUUGAGCUUCUUUA